ACUUAGUUUUAAUUAAUCUUUAAUUAAUUUUACUUGUUGGAAUUAAUUUAUUCAUUUCACAUUGGCAAAAUUGUGUGAAAUGCGCAGAUAUGCCAUUAAUAAAAGAAGAAGAAGACUAAAGUAUGUACCUACAUAUCAGGGAAUUACAAGUGAUUGAGUAAAGUUUCGUUUGUGCUUACCCUCUUCGCUUUAUUUGUAAUAUUAACUCUCCUUUUUUCGAAGUAUUUUUCUUUGUAGAAGAUGCCUAGGAAAUUGGUGUGUUGUGUUAUGGUUGUGUUACACGCAUUGUUAGAGUACGAACAGGACGCUAUUCUUUGUAAGAUUCUAGUGAACGAGAAAAGAUUCUCCAAGUGGUUACAAUGUCUUAGUGCUGUGUGUGAUACUGAAAAUUUGAAUCCAGGCAGAAGUGUCAUUUGUAGCAAACACGUUGUACCAAGAUUCAUUACUCUAAAAUCACGACUCUUGGGUGACGCAUAUCCGUCAUUGUUUAAUGAUGAUGGGCUCUCAAUCGGCCUACCCUCUUCAAGCAAUACUGAAAUUAUAUUCACUUGGGAACACAGCUAUGCAAGAAAAAGUCAUGUUGACCACACAUAUUAGAAAGUGUAACUGAACAGAGGUGGUGUAAUUUUCAAAGAACAAAUUGAGACUCCUGUGUCUGCAGCCACUGAGUUUACUAAAUUAGUUGCUGGUUCUGGAGAUUAAAAUAUGACACAAACUAAAUUAUCUGACCCUGUGAAAUGUACCCAAACAAAAAGGAAAAGGCUUAUUACCAAAUAAAGCCAAUUGUCACCUUUAUACCAGAGAAUUUAUGAAGAAUAUAACAAGCCAAAGACGUAGUUGAACUUUCAUAAAAAAGUUAAGAAUACUUAAAUACCUUUAAGUUUUGUAAAAAUUUAUCAUUUGAAAAGUUCACACAAAAAAUGAAAACAGUUGCAAAAAAUGUUUUUGAAAUGCAAGUGAGCAUGUGCUCUAAAAAUAAACAUGAGAGGUGAUUCACUACCGAAGAAAAGAUAAUUGCUUUAUCAAUAUCGAAGCAGAGUCUAAAGUGUUAUUGAUUUUUAAGCAAAAUUUUUUAUUUUAUCAUCCAAUACUACACUGAAUACUAUGAUUAGAAAAUUGAUCAUAGAACCAGGCUUCAUAUAAGAGGUGGACAAAUGAAACUCCAAAAAAAUAUGCUCCAUUAUAUUUGAUGAGAUGUCAUUAGAAACAGCACUUUUGUAUAAUAAAAGUAAUAAGGAUUAAAGAUAACAUUAAUGGAUUUGUAGAACACCAAGAAAAGAAACUGGAUUUUUCAGAUCUCUUGUAUUUAUGUUGGUGCUGUUUACAAGUGGCAACAGCCUUUAUGUUACUAUUUCUGUCAAGGAGCUACAUCUACUGUAAACAUCAAGAAUAUUUUAAAGUUAGUAGUAGAAUAAGUUGUUGAAUUGGACCUUAAUCCCAUCGUAAUAAUAUAUGACCAAGGCUCAGCUUUCCAAUCAGCACUCAAAAAUCUAAAAGAAGACACAAGAUCAAAUUUUAAAUUGAAAUCACAGUUGGCAUUCUUAAAAUAUGUGGGGUGGAUUUGAACAUUAUGAUUCUACACACUUGAUAAAAUGUAUCAGGAACAAUUUUUUAACAAAAAAUUUAAUAUUGGAUGGUUAACUUGCAAAAUGGCAUGAUAUUAUUUAUGUCAAUGAGACAGACUGCCAUCACACUGAAGCUGGGCUUCGUCAUAAAUUAAAUGACCAAUGAGUUAUACCUGAUAAAAUUAAAAAGAUGAAGGUAAAAAAUUGUGUAAAAAUAUUGAGCCAUUCUGUCUGCAGCUUUGUCUUACACUGCAAAUUUCUCAUCUUAUGUGGAUGGCAGGCUCGUCAGCACAAUAUUAAGAAAUACAGCUGAAGUUGUUUCAUUCUUUGACCAAUUAUUUGAUAGUGUCAAUGGAGCAUC